ACUUUGGGGAUGAUUUCUUUAAUGCUAAUUUCCUAAGACCCUUGGAAAACCACAACAAAAGGUGCGGAUCGACAUCCAAAUGAGCUCCCUGUUCCGCAGCCUGAACCACUUUUCAUCGAAACGGGAGAAUGUCGUGAAGGAGGCGCUCAUAAAUACACUGAACGAAAAUGCGCGUGAGAUAGAGUUCGAGGUGAAGCAAAAGAGUUUGGAGGUCCUGGGAAUAUGUGAGCAGACCAGUGCCCUGUGCACCACCCUGGAGGCCCUGUUCCUGCACGGGCUGAAGGACUCCUUCCUGUCCGCCACCUUCAAUGUCAUCGCUGGCGAUGUGGAACGCAGGCCCGAGCCCAGCUUUUGGUCGCCCUGCAUGGUCUUCAUGCACAAGCAGGUGAUCGAGCAGGUGCUGAGCCUCAGCCAGAUCACCUCGGAGACGGGGCAGUGCCGCGCCUGGGUGCGCCAGUCGCUCAACGAGUCGGUGUUCUCCUCCUAUCUGAACAACAUGCGCAAGAACGGAUCGGCCCUGUCGCAGUACUACAAGCGGAACGCCCUUAUCCGGGACUCCGAGGGUCUGGAGACGGCCGCCAAGAUAAUGGAGAGCCUGGAGGCCUAUGUGCAAUUCGAUCUGCCAGUGAACUCCAGCCUGUUGAACCACUGGCCCGACUACUCCCUGCAACUAUCUGAUCUCUGGACACCUGCUCUCAAGUCCUGCCCGAUUAGCAGCGGAGUUGAUGUGGCCAGCUCGCUUGGAUCCGAUAUCAUUGCCAUACCGACGCCACAGCCGCUGCAGACCAAUGAGUUGUUCUCGGAGUCUAUUUCGAAUAGCCCCUUUGGAAGGAAUAGCAACUUUGGUGUUCCCGAACUUAGCCAGCGAGAGAACCUGGACCUGCUAAUACAAAAGUUUGAUGAAAUGGAUGUGAUUAACGAGGAGCAAACAGGUGGUGAUAAAGCGGAAGCGAAUGAAACAGCAGAGCAGGAAGCUCCAUCUGGCAGUAGGGCGAGGUCGCGGAAAAAUUCCAAACGUCAAAUGGACAGCAGCUCCUUCGCCGAUCUGGAUCUUGAAGCACCCUCUCUUCUGCCCCAGGGCAGUAAUUCUUUGUCCAAUCUAAUGCAAACCUCAUGGUCUGGUGACCUGGAAGCAACGCCCACAUCACCCACCGAGGAACUGACGGGAUCUAGGUUUUUCCAGCGAUCUGUGAGCGUCAGUAGUGUCGUCAGUCUGCGUUCUCCAACUACGGACAGAUGCAGUUACAAUGCUCUGCUGCGGAAGCAUGAGAGCAACCGGGAAAGUGGAGCCGGAUGGUCGGAGAUCUGGGAGAAGUUUCGGGCCAGUGCCUCCAACCUCAAUGUGGCUCAUCCCCAGCGGGAUACCGAUCCGCCCAUUUCAGAAGACUUGAGUGAUCUGCAGUCACUGGACACCAACUCGGACUUUGAGCUGCUUACCUCUGAGUUUGACAUGGUGGAGCUGCAGCAAAUGGUGGCCCAGUUGUGUCAACUAGCUCGAGAGCCGGGUCUGGAUGCCCAGGGAUUCCUGUGCAAGAGCUGUCAGCAUCCGUUGGGCAUUGGCUACUCCAACUUUCAAGUUUGCGCCUUUAGUGGCAGCUACUACUGCAAUAGCUGCAUGGACGUUGAGAUGCAACUGAUACCCGCUCGCAUCAUUUACAAUUGGGAUUUCCGAAAGUACAGCGUCAGCAAGCGGGCAGCAACUUUCCUAGCCGAAUUCCGAUCGCAUCCGUUCCUGGACAUGCAGUUGCUGAACCCGAGAAUAUAUUUUGCUUCCGAUGCCAUGGCUGAAUUGCAAUCCCUGCGUAUCCGACUAAACUUCAUUAGGGCUUAUUUGUAUACCUGUGCUCCGAGCAGCAUAGAGCUUCUCCAGAAUCAGUUUGCUGGCAGGGAGUACCUGUACGAGCACAUUCAUCUGUACUCCAUAGCAGAUUUGGCUCUUAUUCAGCGAGGUGUGCUGUGCCAGCAGCUGCAGAAAGCCUUCAAACUGGGCGAAGCGCAUGUCUUAAAAUGCAGACUGUGCCAUCUAAAAGGAUUCAUCUGCGAGAUCUGCCAGAGUCCAAGGGUGCUGUAUCCCUUUCACAUCAGCACCACAUUCAGAUGCCUGGCCUGUGGAGCCGUGUUCCACGCCGAGUGUUUGAAUGAGAAGCAGCCAUGUCCCAAAUGUGAACGAAUACGUAAGCGCGAGGAUCAGGGUAUCCAGGAGGCUGUGCAAUGUCUCAAACAGAAGAAUGAUGUUGCCUAAAAUCGGCCAUAUUUAGAUUUUAGGUUGAGCAAGUGCGAUUUGUUAUUACACGUAACCAAGAAAAGGCUUUACUUUACAUUUAAGCUAGGCUUAAGACAAAAAUUGUUAUGGCUUAAAGCAUUUACAGGUACUCAAAUAUAUAGCAUAGAUAACACGGCUUUGCAGAAAUGGUUACCAAUUUUGUUGACUCAAUGAAACCACUUAUUGCUCAGUUUUUGAAUGACUUCGUAAUUUUAUUUAUAACUGCAAUGAUUUUGAUUCGGAAUAAAAUGUUAUGCAAUUGCUGAAUAAUACUUCUAA